AUGGGGAAAGAUGCGGAGAUUCGAUUGGUGGAUUAUGUUAAUGGAGGUUCGAAGGGUAUUUUCGUAUCUGUGACUGUGUGUGCUGGAAUUGUUGUGGUUGACUGUUCCCUUGAUAAUCCGAAGGGUCGUACUUAUUUAGGUAGACCCACAGAUUUUGGUAUAAUCCCCGAGCCGACGGCCCGAAGCGCCGUGCGAGGGUACUAAUUCCCCCCGGCUAUUUACACCCGGGGAAACGAAAGCAUUAGCGAAGUCUAAAGUUCAUCAAUGAGCGCGGGCGUGGCUCACCAACGAUGUUUCGGUGGGUGGUCAUCCUCACUGAUCUCAAAAAUAUGGCGGACUGUCAUGAAUAGCGGACACUGAUUGGUCCAAUUUAAAGUUUGCAUUAUAACGACUGCAAGACGACAGCGAAAUAGCAAACAUUUCUUGAUUUGAUCAAUUUGAUGAUUGAUAAAUUUCUUGCAAAUAUAUUUCAUUUUUGCUCGCAUUUUUGCAAGAUUUUGUAAAUUUCAAAAGCUUCUCAGAAAGAAAGGGCGAAAGAAUCAGCUAAAAGAAGGAGCCGCCGUUAACGAAGGUAAGUUUAUUUUAAAUAUUGAUUUUAUAAUUGCUUUAAAACCCGACGGCCUUUGCGUAUAUGAAACAACUAUUAAACAAGACAGCAUAUAAUUUCAGUGUAUCUUUAAUAUUGAUUCCGGAUCCCUUUUUUAUUAUAUUGAAUUUUUUAAAUAAAAAAGAAAGCAAAGUUAUUUGCAUGCUAGAAUUUGAAAUCAUUUUAGUGCAAACUCAAAGUUUAUCGAUAUUUAAAAGCCAUUUUGGCAUUUAAUUUAUAAAGGCAGUUUAUAUUAGUUUUAUAAAGAACACUUUAAAACGUUUUGCGAAGCGUUUGUGGUUGAAUUUUACCUUAAAUUGAAACUUAUAGUACGUAUAAUAACAUACCUAACAUAUAAAUGUUGGGAAAUUGAUAAUUUUGUAAUUAAAAGUGAUAUUUUUAGGCAGUUUUUCAUUUGUAAAAAUAUUCUUAAAAAAUUGUCGUGUUACCAUGACAACUACUUUAGAUACUUCAUGUUCGGAAAAUGCAAUGGUUUUGUCAGCAAGGCGAGGGUUUCUGCAUGAUAUGUAUUUUCUAGUAAUACCAUAAUGUUGGAAGAGGAGGGGGAAGAGGAGGAGAGAGUGGAACUGUUAGAAGUUUGGAGGGAGCGGAGGGAGGAACUGGUGGCGGAGGAUGAGUGGAAGAGAAGACGGUUGGAAAUGGAAUUGGAAGAGGAUGAGUCUUUUCAGAGAAUGGAAGGGAUGGAGAUUUGGGCGGAAACGGAGGAGGAAUGUUUGGAACGUGAGAUGGAGGAGGAGGAAGCUGCGUAUGAGGAGAUUGUUAGGAUAGCGGAUGAACUGAAGGAAAUGAUUAUUUAG